AUGCCGAAAUUUUUGGUCCCCAAGCAAUCAAGCCAGCAUCGUGUAGCUGCCAUCGCGCUCUACCGCGCUCUGCUCACGCAAUGCGCCGCCGUCCCUCUCCCCGAUGAGCAGCGCACCGCGCUCGCCAACAUCGCGCGCAACAAAUUCCGAAAGACAGCGAACAUGCACUCGACGCCGCAGCUCAAGCUCGCCUUCUCAACAGGCUACGAAGCACUGAAGCUGCUCGACCGCCUCGAACACGAAGCCGACACAAAAGCCAAAACGGAGAUCAGCGAGCUGCUCGCACUGACGCCACACUACUUAACGCGAACACCAAUGCCGCGGCACGCGCAGCCGCCGCGCGACUUCGUCCCCGAGGCGACGCUGCCGGCGGGCCAGAGGUUCCUGGAGACGCGGCCGCGCGCGCAGGUGUCUGGCCGGCGUCGCGUGCCUGUCCUCGUCAACGCGAACAAGUUCCCCUUCCUGCGCUCGACGAAGCCGCAGCCCCGCAGCUUGAGCCGCAUCUUGACGUAUCGCAUCAAGCAAAGGCAGGGCUGGAUGGAUACGCUAGGCGAUUCGGCGGAAUUGGCGGCGCUGGCGAAGGAGGAGGAUCAUUGGGAUUCGUUGGUCGAUGAGAUGGAUGGUGUUGAGGAGGAGGAGGAUGAUCAGCCCAAUUGGGGCGCUGUGCCGCGUGAGGUGACUGCGCAUGUUGGUAGGAAGUUGCAGAAGCAGAAGGAGAAGAGCAUGAUGUUGGCGCAUCAGAUGCAGGAGAUUGUGCUCAAGGAGAGGGAGCUUGCGGCGAAGGAGAAGCGGGAGAAGUGGUUGAAAAAGAAAGAGGAGAGGUUGGCGAGGCGGGAAGCGCGGCUGAAAGAAGGUAGUGGAGAAGUCACCAAUGAAUAA